GAGGAGGUUUCCCGUAGAAUGUCACGGGACCCUUACUCGAGCAGUGGCGUGAUCGGUCCCGGUGGCGGCACACGUUCACCACGCAGCGGUCGUCGCGUGGGCGAACUGCCGACCGUUGAUCGUAGUCCGUCGCGAAGUUAUGCCAGCGGUCGUGGCAGUCCGCUCGGUGGUCGCAAGCAACGGGGAACACGCAGCGGCAACAACUCGCCGGAGCAUCUAGGCUACGGCGGCGGCUACCAUCACCAUCAGCUGGGCAGCCCGUACUACUCCCGCGACGAGGACCUCGGCAGUCCCGUGAUGCUCGAGGAGAGGGGUAGGAGUAUGUCGACCGGGGGCGGUGGGGGCGGACAUCACCGAUCCAGAAGCGCCUCGAGACCCGCCAUGUCCAGCUCGGCGGGCAUGGUAGCGCGUUACACCAGCCUCGAUCGUGCCUCCGCUGGCGUUCUCGACCAUGAUCGGGAAUUCAUGCCGAUACGCGAGCCGAGCCGCGAGCGUAGCCGCGAUCGCGGACUCUACCUGGAGGAUGAGCUCUACGGCUCCAGGUCGGCCCGCCAGAGCCCGAAUCCGCACAUGCUGCGCGACGGCGGCGGCUACAUCGGCGAGCUCCAGCACCAGAACAACGAUCUGCAACGCGAGCUCGGCAACCUGAAGAAGGAGCUCGAGCUGACGAACCAGAAACUGGGCAGCUCGAUGCACAGCAUCAAGACCUUUUGGAGUCCGGAGCUGAAGAAGGAGCGGGCGCUGCGCAAGGAGGAGAGCACCAAGUACAGCCUCAUCAACGAACAACUCAAGAUGCUCAACUCGGAGAAUCAGAAACAAAGCAUAAUGGUCCGUCAACUGGAAGAGGAGCUCAGAAUGAGGAUGCGCGGGCCGAGCGUCGAGAUGCAGCAACAAAUGGAAGUUUUGUACAAUGAGAACGAGCACCUGACUCGCGAAAUUGCCAUACUUCGUGAUACGAUAAAGGAGCUGGAAUUAAGAAUAGAAACGCAGAAACAAACGCUGCAGGCUCGUGAUGAGAGUAUCAAGAAGCUCCUCGAGAUGCUCCAGAACAAGGGGAUGGGAAAAGAGGAGGAAAGGAUCAUGUUCCAGCAGAUGCAGUCGAUGGCCCAGAAGCAGGAGCUCAAAGCGACGAACGAGAGCUUGAAGAGUCUGCAGACGCAGCUGGAGCUCGCGUACGCCUCGACCGCGUCCUCGGGACAUCCGGUGGUCGGUGGCAGCGGCAUCAGCGGAUUGGCGGGCGCAUCGGUCAUCGGACUAGGUAGCGUAUCGGGGGGUGCAGGCGCUGGGGGCUUCGGCGGCGGUACCGUCCUCGGAGGUAGCGUGGCGGUUCCAGGCGGCGUGCCCGGUAGCACCACCCUGACCGCCAUCAUGGAGACGAAAGACGCGCGCAUAACGACCCUGGAGAAGGAGGUGGCGUUGCUGGAGGCCGAGAUGCAGCGUAUUAAGGAGUGCGGUGGUAGACUGCGGGAACAACUGCUCAAGGUCACCGCUGUGCCAAACAGCGGUGGUACCGUACAGCAGCAGCAACAGCAGCAAUUUGGUGGUAUCAUGCAGUCGACCGGCCUGGGUGGUCAGCAACAGCCCGGCACGUUGGCCCUGCCCAGGGGACCGUCCAUGAUGACCUCACUGGUACCGUACGGUGGCCACGGGUCAUCCGCUGCACUAACCAGUUCGUUGCUUGCCGGUUCGACAGGUGGGACUACCACCGGGAGUGGCGUCGGGCUGGGCGUCGGUGGCGGUUCCUCGUGCCUGGCCGGCAUCUCGUCGGGCACCACCACAGGCGUGGUCAAUCCAUAUACCGAUCGCUACGCCACCGAUCAUCAUCCUCAUCAGCUGCAUCAUCACCAGCAUCACCAUCACCACCAUCUUCACCAGCAGCAGCAGCUGCAGCAGCUGCAGCUGCAGCAGCAGCAGCAGCAGCAGCAAAUGCAGCAACACUUGAAACAAAUAGAGCCGGCGGCGGCUGGCGCCCUUGCGCUGCAUGCUCACACCUUCAACAAGCACGAUCUGAACUUCAAACGGCAAGUUGACUACUCGCGGAUGAGACGACUGCAUUUUGCAUUCCAAACGCAAAAAUCUCAACAUACGAGUCGAAUAUUGCUGGACGAGCUCCGGACGGAGGUACAGCGACGGGACCAGGAGCUGUUGGCAAUGUCGGCGAAAAUGAAGACACUCGAAGAGCAACAUCAGGAUUACCAGAGGCACAUCGCCGUGCUCAAGGAGUCUCUCUGCGCCAAGGAGGAACACUAUAAUAUGCUACAGGCCGAUGUCGAGGAGAUGCGGCAGCGGCUCGAGGAGAAGAACCGGAUGAUCGAGAAGAAAACGCAGGCGGCGAUGCAGGCGCAACAGGAGCGCAAUCGUAUCAACACCGAGCUGACCGAGAUCAAGGAUCACAUGGACAUCAAGGAUCGCAAGAUCAACGUUCUGCAGCGCAAGAUCGAGAAUCUAGAGGACCUGCUGAAGGAAAAAGACAAUCAGGUCGAUAUGGCUAGGGCCAGGCUGACGGCGAUGCAGGCGCAUCAUUGCAGCAGCGAAGGUGCACUUAGCAGCCUCGAGGAGGCGAUCGGGGAUAAAGAGAAGCAAAUGGCACAAUUACGCGAGCAAAGGGAUCGAGCUGAGCAGGAGAAGCAGGAGGAGAGGGAAUUGCACGAGAGGGAGAUCGCCGAAUACAAAAUGAAGUUACAUACCUUGGAGUCCGAGGUCGAGAAAUUGGGCGCACGUUUGGAGCGAGCGCAGGCGGAGAAGGACCGGCUGGAGGCGAAGCUCGAGAGCUCACAAUCCGAACUCGGUAAGAGCAAGGCUGAGCUGGACAAGGCCGCCUCCGAGGUCGGACGUAGCGGCGCGGACUGGGAGGCGGCGAAGCAGCGGCUGGCCAGGUUGGAACUGGAGAACGAGAGGCUGCGGCAUGACAUAGAGCGGUCGCAGGGAUACGGCAGAAGCACACUGAACUCGUCCCAGGAGAUGGAGCGCGUUCAGGAACGGGCCGACAAAACGGCCGGUGAACUAAGGAGGGCCCAGGCCGAGCUGAGGGUCACGCAAGCGGACAAUGAGAGAGCACGUGCCGAGGCCGCAACCCUCCAAGAAAAGGUGGAGAAGAGUCAGGGCGAGGUGUACAGGCUCAAGGCUAGGCUAGAGAAUGCUCAAGGCGAACAGGAGAGUUUGCGGGAAGAGUAUGACCGAGCACAGGCGUCCGUGGCCCGUCUUCAUUCCGAGAGGGAUAAGGCGGUUAGCGAGCUCGAAAAGUCGCAAGAGGAACUCGAGCGCACGCAAGCUACCCUCGGCAAGGCGCAACUUCAGCAAGACAAGCUGCAGAAUUUAUUGGACAAGACACAGAGCGAGGUCGACAAGCUGCAGGAGAGGCUCGAAAAAACGCAGACGGAAGUUCGUAGAAUGCAAAUGGAGAAAGAAAAACAGAACUACGACUUCGAUAAUCUACAGAGCCAGCUUGACAAAGCGUUAGGACAGUCGACGAGAAUGCAGAAAGAGCGCGAGGCGAUUCAACUUGAUGUGGAUCGACUGCAGGACAAAUACGAGAAAGCUCAGGUCAUAAUGCAGCGACUGCAGAAGGAACGAGAUAGCUUCCAGGAAGAGAUGGAGAAGAUGCACGAGAGGAUAGAAUUCCAGCAAAAUCAGAUGGCCAAGGUGCAACGCGAGAAGGAGAAUGUACUCUCAGAACUCGAUUUGGUGAAGGAAAGGUGGGAGAAGGUGCACAAUGCUCAUCAGAAAUUAACGUUGGAGCGAGACGACGCAGUGACUGAAAUCCAAAUCCUAAAGGAAAAAUUGGAGAAGGCGCAGUACUCUAUGAACAAGGCUCACGAGGAACGAGAGAACACCGCCAAGGAAUUUGAAAAGAUGUUGGAAAAAUAUGAUAGGUCGCAGAGUGAGGUGUACCGCCUGCAGAAUCGUAUCGACGUGAUGGAGGCGGACAAGGAUCGGCUCGAGCUGGAGACGGAGAAGCAACAGAUGUUGGCGACCAAGUCGCGCGAGGAGGCGCGCAAGGCACAGGAGGAGCUGGCCCGGGUGCAGGAACUGUACGAUCGCGCAGCGUUGCAGCUCGGUCGCACGAAAGAGCACGAGGAGAAAUCCAAGGAGAAUAUUGAUCGGCUGAGCGUCGAUUUAGAGAUGGUGCGCGAGCGCUAUGAGAAGUCGCAGAUCGAGCUGCGACGACUGCAGAACGAGCGCGAGAAGCUGGUGGCUGAUAACGAGCGCAUCAGCUUCGAGCUCGAGCGGGCGCAUUCGCAGCUCAACAAGGCACAGGCGGCAACGGAGAAGACGCAGGAGGAGCUUGCGCGUAUGCAACUUGAAAUCGAGAAGAUGUACGAGAAGCACGAUCGUCAGCAGGCGGAGGUGAGGAAGUCGCAGGGUGAAGCGGAACGGCUGCGCGCUGAGGCGGAGAGCUCGCGCGAGGAGGUCGAGAGGUAUGCGACACGUUUCGGCAAGUACCAGGAGAGCCAGGAACGACAGAAGGAGGAGCACGAGUGGGCGAAGCUAGAAGUGGAGCGACUACGCGACCGUCUGGAGAAGGCGCUGGCGGAGCUUGAGCGCGCGCGGAAAGCUGAGCAGGACGCCUCGAGGCUGCGCGCCGAUCUGGAACGUGCGGAGGGCGUGCGAGGUAAAUACCAGUACGAGCAGGAGAAAUGGCAGAGCGAGGGUAGUAGGCUACAACAGGAGGUGGACAAGUUACGCGAGCGGUUGGAAAGCCGCGAGACCGAGCUGAAGAGAACGCAGUCGAACCACGCCGAGCUCGAGGCGAAGCUGCAUGAGGCGCAGCUUCAGCUCGAGCGGGCGCGCGAUGAGACGGGCAAGGCUACAGCACUGCAGGAACGCAAUCGUUCGGAGAUCGAGCGUGCACGGAUCGAGGCCGAGAAGAUACGCGACCGGCACGACAAGGUGAAGAUGCGGUCCGACGCGCUCGAAGCGGACAACGAGAAGCUGCGCGUCGAAAUCGUGCGGCUGGAGCGACUGAUGCAGACCGAGGGUAAGACGAGAUCCGAGAGCGCGAGUAUCGAGGUGGAGCGUUUACGGGCCAGCCUGGACAAGGCGAUCGUGGCGCGUGAUCAGGUUGAGCUUGAGGCCGGCAGACUCGCCAAGGAACUCGAAAAGGCGCAUCUGCAGACCGCCAAGUAUCAGGAGGCCACCGAUGCCACUAAGAAAGAGCUCGAGCGUCUCGCCGCGGAUGUGCAGCUACUGCGGGACGAACGCGAAGCGCUGCGCCAGGAGAUGCGCCGCGUGCAGCAGCAGCAACAGCAGCAGCAACAGCAGCAGCAGCAGCAGCAGCAACAACAACAGCUGGCCGGCAAUGAGGAAAUUGCUCGGAUGCAGUACGAGUUGCAAUUGGCGCAACGCGAACGCGAUAAGAUGGCAGCAAUUUUGGAGAAUCGGGAGAAGCAUUCGGAGAAGAUGAAGGAGAAGUGGGAGGCGGAUGCGAAGCAGUUGCAGGUGGAGCGCGACCAGCUGGUUAUACAGCUGGAAAAAUCGCAGGAAAUGCUGGUCAACUUCCAGCAGGAGCUUAGCGCGAACGAGGCCGAGCUUGAGCGUCAGCGCGAGGAGGCCCGUCGUCUUCAACAGCGGGCCCACGCACAGACGCCCGACCGCGCUGCCAAGGAGGCGCUUGAUGCACAAAUGCGCGAGGUGCAACGGCUGCAGCAGCAGGUGCAGAACAUGCAGCAGACGCAGCAGAAAGAGCGGCAGCGCGCCGAGCAGGCGGAGAAACGGGUGCAAGAGUUGCAGAAGCAGCUGACGUCGCGCGGCGUCGAGACGGCCCAGACCGACGCGGCCCAGCUCGAGCAAUGGCGGAAGCUAUGCGAGACGGAGCGGCAGCGGGCGGACACAGCCGAGCGCGAAGCUGGCGACCUGCAGAAGCGGAUACAGACGACGGAACGGCAGCUGCACGCGCAUCAGCAGCAGAUUCAACAGAUGCAAGUCACCAUGCAGCAACAGCAGCAGCAGCUGCAGCAACAGCAGCAACAGCAGCCCUCACAGCAGAACGGCCAGGAGGUCGCCAGGCUGAGAAAGGAGUUGGAACGCGCGCACGAGGAGAUUAAGCAGGCGACCGUGGAACGCGAGCGGUUCCAGGGACAGCUCGAGAUGCUGUGCCAGGAAUUGGAGAAGAAUCAGUUGGAUUUGCACGAGGCGAACAAGAAACUCCAAGCUGGCGCCGCGAAAGCUGGCGCCGAUACUAUCCAAGAGAGGAGACAGAUGGAGGAACAGAGACGACAGUUGGACGAGCAGAGAAGACAGACGGAAGAAAGGGCGAAGUCCGUGGAUCAGAAAGCUAGGAUGACAGAGGAAAAGGAGAGGACGCUCCAAAAUCUCGACCAAGAUCUGAAGAAGAGAAAGGCGAGAAUGGACCAACUGGAGCAACAGUUACAAAAGAGUGGCGGAGCGCCAGACAAGAGAUUAGCGGAAAUGCAAAAGGCGCUCGAGGUUGCCGAGAAGGAGAUGGAAAAAGCGAAGGAAGAAUCGGGCAGGAGCGCCGCCGAGACUGAGAGGCUAUUGCAGCUCGUGCAGAUGACACAAGAGGAGCAAAACUCAAAGGAGAAACAGAUCAGAGAACUUCAAGAUGCACUCAAAACCGCACAAGCCAAGUUGAAACAAGCGACAACUGCACAGCAAGAGGCGGGACCCGCCGGAUUCCUAAAAAGCUUGUUCUAAGGUCGAUUUUCGUUGGGAACGCCUUCUCCGUUCUUUUUAGUACAAUUUGCAUAUUAUAAGCGAGACUUUACGAGUAUAGACGUACACACGAGGGACUUAACAAACGAAGGAUUGAGGUCGAUCCGCCAAUGGGAAAAACUCAUGUCGAGACAUAUAAUUAUUUUACGUAAAACGCUGCGACCAUUGUUAACGUAUUUAAUAAUUAUAGCGAAAGGAUAAUAACGAUAAUAAUACAACAAUAACUUGAUAUAU